AUGGUACGAUAUAUGUUUUUACUACUUUUUCUUUUUCUUACUUUCCUUGUAAUGAACAUUCUGAGAAAGCACUGCAUGCAGAGUAGGCAGCAGGAGAUGUACAAGCUAAUCAAAUGGGAUAUUGAGGAACUGCAGUCUUGUUCAGCGAUUAUCGAAGGUGACAUGGAUGGAGUUGACCAAGACCACUUCAGCCAGCUUCUCAGUUCUAACAAAGUAAAGUCUUCUUUAUCUGAAGACUUUUACAUUAAUGCUACAACGGACUGCCAAGCUUUCAUCACAGACAGAGGCUAUUUUACAGUUUCUCUGAGCAAAGAGGAAAAAGACUUCCCAAUUGCUUACUCCAUGGUGAUUCAUGAAAAGAUCGAGAUGUUUGAGAGACUCCUGCGUGCUGUGUAUACUCCACAGAAUGUCUACUGUGUUCAUGUGGACAAGAAGUCUUCGGACAGCUUGAUCCAAGCUGUAAAGGCGAUCACGUCUUGUUUUCCUAAUGUAUUUUUAGCCAGUAAAAUGGAAAGUGUGGUCUAUGCCUCUUGGUCUCGAGUUCAAGCAGACCUCAACUGCAUUGAUGACCUUCUCAAGCAUCCAGUCCAGUGGAGGUAUCUGCUUAACACCUGUGGCACGGACUUUCCUAUAAAGACCAACGCUGAGAUUGUUCAAUCCCUGAAACAUCUCAAUGGAAAGAACAGUAUGGAGUCAGAAAUCACAAACUCAUAUAAAAAACAACGCUGGGAGUACCAUCAUAACGUCUCAAAGAGUGUGAUUAGGACGAGCAUUAAAAAGACCCCUCCACCUAUCAAUACUCCUAUGUACUCUGGAAAUGCUUACUUUGUGGUUACUAGAGACUUUGUGGAGCACCUGUUUAGCAGCUCAAUGAUUCAGACCUUCAUGGAAUGGGAAAAGGACACGUAUAGUCCGGAUGAACACAUGUGGGCUACGCUACAGAGGAUGCCUUCAGUGCCUGGUUCUAACCCACCUAACCAGAAAUACGAUGAGUCAGACAUGAUGUCCAUAGCAAGGUUAGUGAAGUGGAGUUAUCACGAAGGGAGCUUGUUAAAAGGGGCACCGUAUUUACCAUGCACUGGCAAACAUAGGCAUGCGGUGUGUGUUUAUGGAGCAGGGGACCUCAACUGGAUUGUAAGGCAGAAACAUCUCUUUGCUAACAAGUUUGACCCUCAAGUGGACAGUAUUGCUAUACAAUGCUUGGAGGCCUACUUACACUACAAAGCCAUUAAUGGUCAGUCAUUACUAUCUACUGAUGAAAUGAAAUAG